GUUAAAAAAAUUUUCAAAUUCAGGUACUUUGAUUAAGAGAGAGAGUAGAGCCGUAAAACUGAUGCCAUGGUUAGUUAAAGAAGUUUUUGCCGUUUACUUCAAAAAGAAAAAAAAAAUCGGUUUUCUUUGUGUGUGUGUGCAUUCAUGGUGAAAGAAUGUUGGAUACAUUAGUUAUAAGUUAAAGAGGCUGUGCUAAAUGAAUUCUGAGUUCCACCGUUUUCAAAUAAACUCUCCCAAUAAUAACUAUAUAAGAGGGCCUUUGGUAUUUCAGUUUGCCAAGCUAGGUAGCUGAUGAUAGAGCAACGAAAUCUCCUCAUAUUUAUUUAGUGAUUGAGAGAGAAUUGAAAUGGCAGGAAAUGAGUGGAUAAAUAGCUACUUGGAAGCUAUUCUGGAUGCAGGAAGCAGCACUAAGAAGAGGGAUGAUUAUGUGAAGCUGACCAAGGACGCCAAAUUCCAACAUGAUAAUAAGCAACACCAACAGCAACAGCAGCAGCUCCUGAAAGAAGAGAAGCCCUUUAGUACCACCAGGUACUUCGUGGAAGAAGUCAUUACCAGCUUUGACGAAUCUGACCUCUACCGGACAUGGGUUAAGGUAAUAGCAACAAGGAAUAGCCGUGAACGCAAUAACCGGCUUGAGAAUAUGUGCUGGCGCAUUUGGCAUCUUGCCCGCAAAAAGAAACAGAUAGCAUGGGAUGAUGCACGAAGGCUAGCGAAACGACGACUGGAACGCGAGCAAGGUCGUAACGACGCCGCGGAUGACUUGUCGGAGCUGUCCGAAGGUGAGAAAGAAAAAUGUGAUCCCGAUGUUUCGGAACCAAUCAAGAACUUGUCGAGGAUCAACUCCGACACCCAAAUUUGGUUUGACACUGACAAGUCUAAACAUCUCUACAUUGUCUUGAUCAGCAUGCAUGGGCUGGUCCGUGGAGAAAACAUGGAACUUGGAAGGGAUUCUGAUACAGGUGGGCAGGUGAAAUACGUAGUUGAACUUGCUCGUGCUUUAGCAAACACCAAAGGGGUUGAUCGAGUGGAUCUGCUGACCCGACAAAUCACCUCACCCGAGGUUGAUUCCAGCUAUGGCGAGCCUAUAGAGAUGUUGUCCUGCCCCUCCCAUGCUACUGGAAGUUGUGGAGCCUACAUUAUCCGCAUUCCUAGUGGUCCUCGUGACAAGUACAUAGCCAAAGAGUCUCUUUGGCCUCAUAUUCCUGAAUUCGUUGAUGGGGCUCUAAACCACAUUGUGAAUAUGGCGAGGGCUCUGGGUGACCAACUCAAUGGAGGGAAACCUACAUGGCCUUACGUGAUCCAUGGCCAUUAUGCCGAUGCUGGAGAGGUGGCAGCACACUUGUCCGGGGCCUUAAAUGUACCUAUGGUUCUAACAGGCCACUCUCUUGGCCGGAACAAGUUUGAACAACUGCUCAAACAAGGAAGGCUGUCUAAGGAAGCCAUAAAUGCCACAUACAAGAUAAUGAGGAGGAUCGAAGGGGAAGAGUUGGGGCUGGAUGCUGCUGAAAUGGUGGUAACUAGCACAAUGCAAGAGAUAGAAGAGCAAUGGGGAUUAUAUGAUGGCUUUGAUCUUAAGUUAGAAAGGAAGCUUAGAGUCAGGAGACGACGCGGAGUGAGUUGCCUCGGACGAUACAUGCCAAGGAUGGUGGUAAUACCUCCUGGCAUGGACUUCAGCUACGUUACAACACAAGAUUCGUUGGAAAAUGAUGGCGACCUCAUGUCGUUGCUUGGAUCCGACGACAGAGCUCAAAACAAAACACAUCUACCUCAAAUAUGGUCCGAGAUAAUGCGUUUCUUCACAAAUCCGCACAAGCCGACCAUACUUGCAUUGUCUCGUCCAGAUCCCAAGAAAAACGUUACUACGUUACUCAAGGCUUUUGGAGAGUGCCAGCUCCUCCGAGAAUUGGCCAACCUGACAUUGAUACUUGGAAACAGAGAUGAUAUUGAAGACAUGUCCAAUAGCAGCUCAGUAGUGCUGACGACUGUACUAAAACUCAUCGAUAGAUUUGACCUGUACGGUCAAGUGGCCUAUCCCAAGCAUCACAAACAAUCAGAAGUUCCUGAGAUUUAUCGCUUAGCUGCCAAGACCAAAGGAGUUUUCAUCAACCCAGCUCUUGUGGAACCAUUUGGUCUUACUCUCAUUGAGGCAGCAGCUUAUGGCCUACCUGUUGUUGCCACCAAAAAUGGUGGACCAGUGGACAUCUUGAAGGUACUUAACAAUGGCCUCCUAGUUAACCCACAUGAUCAAAAUGCCAUAGCAGAUGCCCUCCUCAAGCUUGUGGCCGACAAGAAUCUAUGGGCUGAAUGCCGAAAAAAUGGCCUGAGAAACAUACACCGCUUUUCAUGGACAGAACACUGUCGUAACUACCUCUCACGUGUCGAACAUUGCAGGAAUCGCCACCCUACUAACCGUCUUGAGAUCAUGACAAUUCCUGAAGAACCAAUGAGUGAUUCUUUAAGGGAUGUGGAAGACAUAUCUCUUAGAUUCUCCAUAGAGGGAGAUAUCAAACUCAAUGGAGAGAUCGAUGCAGCAGCUAGACAGAAGAAAAUUGUUGAAGCCUUUACUCGAAUGGCUUCUUUAAACAGCAACACCGGCAUUGUUUACAGUCCUGGUAGAAGACAGAUGCUAUUCGUAAUAGCAGCUGAUUGCUAUGAUAGUAAUGGAGAAACUACAGAGACCUUUCAAGCAAUGAUCAUGAAUGUGAUGAAAGAUGCAGGCUUAUGUUUCGGCUUAGGAAAGAUAGGCUUUGUAUUGCUAACCGGGUCAAGUUUCAGAGAGACCAUGCAAGCAUUAAGUUGUUGUCCGGUUAACAUUGAAGAUUUUGAUGCACUGGUCUGUAAUAGUGGAAGUGAAAUGUACUAUCCAUGGAAGGACAUGGUGGCAGAUACGGACUAUGAAGCUCACAUGGCGUACAGAUGGCCAGGUGAAAACGUGAGGUCAAUGGCAAUGAGGCUUGCUAGGACGGAAGACGAGGCAGAGGAUGACAUCACAGAGUAUGUAGCUGCAUGUAGUUCCAGAUGCUACUCUUAUAGCAUCAAACCUGGUGCAAAGACUCGAAGAAUAGAUGACCUUCGCCAAAGGCUUCGUAUGAGAGGCUUUCGAUGCAACCUUGUCUACACUCGCGCAGCUUCAAGGCUAAAUGUGGUGCCAUUAUUUGCAUCAAGAAUUCAAGCACUAAGGUAUCUUUCAAUAAGGUGGGCAAUUGAUGUUUCCAAAGUGGUCUUAUUCGUUGGGGAAAAAGGGGAUACAGACUAUGAGGACCUGCUUGGUGGCCUACACAAGACCAUUGUUUUGAAAGGUACCGUAGCGUACGGCAGCGGGAAGCUCCUUCGUAAUGAAGACAAUUUCAAAAGAGAAGAUGCAGUGGAUCAAGGCAACCCUAACAUCAAGUUUGUAGAGACCAGUGAAGGCCAGAAUAUAGCAGGAGCUUUGGUCGCUAUAGGGAUCAAAUAACACGCUCUCUCCCAUUCAUUGCAUCUUAGAGCAAAAAAUUCUAUACAUAACCCAGUAGAAAGAAUGUGGUUAAAGUACAUAUAUCAAAGCAUAUACACAACAACCAGCAAAAUACAUUGGAAAAUUUAUAUAUUUUUUAAAGUAUAGAAA